UGAAAAAUCGAUAAUAUAAUAUCGAUUCUACACAACAUAUUAUGUUGAUUACAAAUAUAUUCUACGGUAGAAAACAAAUUUUUGAGUAGGUACCUACCUACCUAUUUUACUUCGAUAGGAUGGUCCUGAAUUUGCUAUGGAUGUUCUUGAAGUUUUUACCAAUAAUAACCACAGCAGUCCAGGGUUUGAGAAAUCUCACAUUUCCAAAUAAUUUUAAAUUCGGUGUAGCGACCUCGGCAUAUCAGAUAGAAGGUGCUUGGAAUGAAGACGGUAAAGGACAAAGUAUUUGGGACCACUAUCUCCACAAGUAUCCUUAUUUAGUUAAGGAUAAAUCAAAUGGUGACAUCGCAUGUGAUUCUUAUCACAAAUAUAAGGAAGACGUCAAGCUAUUGAAAGAUUUAGGAGUAGAUUUUUAUAGGUUUUCAAUAGCAUGGACAAGAAUCAUUCCUAUGGGAUAUAAAGAUUCAGGAGUUAGUCUAGAAGGAAUAGAAUAUUAUAAUAAUUUGAUUGACGAACUUCUUGCAAGUGAUAUUGAACCCUAUGUUACUAUAUUCCAUUGGGACACACCGAAAACUUUGGAAGAAAAUGGUGGCUGGUUGAACAAUAGUAUUGUCGACCACUAUGUAUCUUAUGCACGAAUACUGUUCGAAUUAUACGGAGAUAGAGUAAAACACUGGUUGACUUUCAACGAAUUCAGCCAGUUUUGCGAGGAGGGUUAUAGUAGAGCAGAAAAAGCUCCUUUCAAAAGUCUUCAAGGUAUUGGAGGUUAUCAAUGCACACAUAAUGCGUUGAUAGCUCACUCAAGAACUUACAAAAUGUAUGUAGAAGAGUUCAAAAUUUCACAAAAAGGUUUUCUUGGACUUUCUGUUGACACAGCUUGGGCCGAGCCAAAAACAGAUAGUAUAUUAGAUAAGUUGGCAGCCGAGGAGGAAAUGUUAUUUUCUUAUUUCUAUUACUUGCAUCCCCUCAUUUUUGGAGACUAUCCUACUCUUCUAAAGAUGAAGAUCAGUUUGAAGAGUUCUGUUCAAGGUUUCCGCACUUCAAGAUUACCUAAAUUUAAUGAGAGUGAAAUAGAAUUGUUAAGGGGAAGUUUCGAUUUUAUAGGUUUGAAUCAUUACACAACAGCAUUGUGUUCCUGGUCAAACCAGAAAUUCCCAGUUCCUUCAGAGCUCGACGACUGUGGGGUAAAACAAAGCCAAAACACCACAUGGAAGAUUUCCGCUGCUCCAUGGUUAGCUGAAGUACCGUGGGGUUUGAGAAAACUUUUAGUAUGGAUAAAGGAAAAAUUGAACAAUCCGCCAUUGCUUAUAACAGAAAACGGUUGGGCAACAACCGAUUCAAAUUUGGACGAUAAUGAUAGAAUGAAUUAUCAUACAAAAUAUCUUUCAGAAGUUCUGAAAGCUAUUCAUGAUGACGAUUGUAAUGUGAUCGGUUACACAGCUUGGACUCUCAUGGAUAAUUUCGAGUGGAUGUCUGGUUAUGGGGAAAAAUUUGGUUUGGUUCAAGUGGAUUUAACUAGUACAAACAGGACAAGAACACCUAAAGAUUCAUUCUUCCUAUAUCAGAAAAUUAUAAGAAAUAGAAAAUUAAUCGAAUGAAAUAUGUUAUUUCGGUAAAUUUCCAGGAGAAGCAUUCAGUUUCAGCUUUGUAUGUUAAGUUUAAAUCAUAAUAAUAAAAAUACUUAGUUUUUCACUAUAUAAAAACGUCAUAUCAAUCGUUUACACAUUUCUCUUUAUUUUUAGGAAAUAUUUUAAUAUACACAAAAUAAGUA